AUGCCCCCUUCGCGUGGCCAACUGUUACAAACCAUUGUUCCGACUGGAAAUCUCGAUAGCCUUCAGGCCUUUCUUGAAGGAGAGCUCCCUUACCUUCCUCCUGCAAUCCGAGAUCGAUACUGCAUGUGCCUACUUUACACAUGCGACCACAUCCCCUGCUCAGACACCCUCCUCUGCCUUACUGAUAGUGCCGCCAAAUAUAACCGCAUUGAGAUCAUAAAAUACCUCUGGGAUACAUUUCUAGGGCCACGUGGGGUGAAAGCCAACUGGCUCUCACUUAAGGCCGCCGCGUGCUAUGGCUCUAUUCCUAUGGCGGAGAUGUUUUGGACUCACGAUCCAGAGUGCUUCCAGAUACGUGAGCCACCAAUUCAGCAUAAGCCAGGACUGAGGUUGAGUGGCGUCCAAACAAACACCCAGAUCGCGGUCGCUCUGCGAGAUGGUCAUUAUACGUAUAUUGAUUAUAUCCUUGCCCGUGGCAUUCUUGACCAAAAAACAAUCAUAUACCGCCUUCGCUUUCUGAUACAGCGCGGUGCCUGGGUUCAGAAUACAGGUGCUCUUCGGAGCGCAGCGAAUCGAGAUAUGCUAGAGAUUGUGCAGUUUUUGCUCUCAAACGGCGCCAAUGCGGACGACAUAGGUGACGAAUCCUCGCCCAUUCACUGGAAGCAAAUAUCGGCUCUUAUUUGCGCCGCUGAGAAAGGGCGGGAAGAGAUCAUCAAAAUGCUUCUCCAACAUGAGGCUAGUAUCUCUCAUCGGGAUCGAACUGGUGCUACAGCUCUCGAUACGGCGAAGAAGAAUCAGCAGGAAAAUGCGGUGUCCCUGCUUCGCUCUUAUGAAUGCGGUGACAUUAGAUGA